UUUGAACAACGUGACAUUUCCUCUGAAGGAAGGAGACCUGCCAACACUUCUACUACCGUCUCUCAACAGAAAAGAAACAUGGAUAACGCCGGUGGUGCUCGGAGCAACGGGGAUCAGGUUGAUGCCCGACUCUUUUCAAAGAGGACUGGCAGUAGUGGUGAUACUGAGGAAAAGGAAACCACCCCCACCAACACUACCAGCAGCAGCAGCAGUAAAGCAGCAAGCGACCCUUACCGCUACAGGAUGGACUACCCCUGCUUGGGAACCUGUCUGAUCAUCAACAAUAAGAACUUUGACAGUAAUACAGGGAUGGGUAUGCGUAACGGGACGGACGUUGAUGCUGCUAUUGCUGCGAAAACCUUCACUGAGCUUGGCUAUAAGGUCAAAGUGUUCAAUGACCAGACUGCAGCGAACAUGAAGAAAUUGAUGUCAAGCGUGUCCCAGGAGGACCACAGCAAAAACGCAUCAUUUGUGUGUGUGAUGCUAAGUCACGGAGAUGAAGGGGUGAUAUAUGGCACUGAUGGCUUGGAAAAGCUUGAAGACCUGACAAAACUCUUUAAAGGAGAUAGCUGCAGGAGUCUGGUGGGGAAACCAAAGCUCUUCUUCAUACAGGCGUGCCGUGGUUCAGGGCUGGACGGUGGAACCGACCUGAUCGAGACCGACAGCGUAGCAGAGCAAACGGAGAGGAUUCCUGUGGAGGCUGACUUUCUGUACGCCUAUUCUACCGCGCCAGGCUACUACUCAUGGAGGAACUGUGCCAACGGUUCCUGGUUCAUGCAGUCGUUGUGUGAGAUGUUGCAGCAACACGGCAAGAAACUGGAGCUGAUGCAGGUCAUGACCCGGGUCAACCACAAGGUGGCGCUACAGUUUGAGUCCUGCUCCAACCAACCUGGAUAUAGUGGCAAGAAGCAGAUCCCCUGCAUCGUCUCCAUGUUGACCAAAGACGUCUACUUCCCUCAAUAGUGUGAUUUAUUCUCAGGGCUGUUCGCUUUUCUUUGACCUACAAGAAACUAACACUGACACUAGCAUUGAUGUAAGAUGGCGAUGUGUAUCAUCAGCAUUGGGACAAAGGGUAGACGAUGGUUUCCUGUUGAUUAGGAACAGAUUUUUUAAAUGUUGGGUCUCUCAGGAAAACUUGAACCACUUUGCAUGAUUAAUGGCUUUUAUAGGGAAAAGCCAUUAAUCACCACCAUUUCUUUAAUAAACCAGCUACAGUAAUCACACUUUUAUUUAUUUGGUUCAAAUAAAUGUUUUGAAGGACAUUUAUUAAAACAUCCUUCAAAAAUGGGCUUUAAAAAAUGUGAAUUCCAAUAGUAUUUUUUGAUGUGUAGCUGUAUACUACAUGAAAAUGAACACAAUAAAUGCACAAGCAUAUAAAGACCACUGCAA